CUCGGCCCAACCCAUGGCAGCUGGCAGCUGUCAAAUUGCCAUCUUUUGCCAUUAACGACGAGCCACCAACCCGCGCACUUUGUAUCCGUCCUAGAUAUCUGACGCCACACAUCUCUAUUUCUACUUUUUAUCGACUGAUCGACUUGUUCUUGCGAGGGAAACAAACAGCGACAAAAAAAACCCCUCUCCCGCAGGACCAUGGCGGGUCCCGUUCGGCACCCCAUCGACGUGGCGGCGCUCGAGGCCUACGUCCGCUCCGACGUGCCGGCCGUGUCGCCGCCUCUCGAGGUGCGCCAGUUCGGCUUCGGGCAGUCCAACCCGACGUACCAGCUGACCGACGCGCGCGGCGCGCGCUGGGUCCUGCGCAAGAAGCCCCCCGGCCGCCUCGUGUCCAAGACGGCGCACCAGGUCGAGCGCGAGCACCGCGUCAUCUCGGCCCUGUCAUCUUCUUCUCCUUCUUCUUCUUCUUCGUCUUCGGGCGGCGGCGGCGGCGUGCGCGUCCCCGUCCCGCGGCCCGUCUGCCUGUGCGAGGACCCGUCCGUCGUGGGCACGCCCUUUUACAUCAUGGAGUUCCUCGACGGCCGCAUCUUUGAGGACCCGGCCAUGCCCGAGGUCGGCGCCCGGGAGCGCGCCGCCCUGUGGGCCGACGCGGUGCGGACGCUGGCCCGCCUGCACUCGGUCGACGUCGACGCGGUCGGGCUGGGCGACGGCAAGUUUGGGCGCAAAGGGAGGUUCUUUGAGAGGCAGGUGCGCACGUGGAAGGGCGUGUGCGACGCGCAGGCCGCGGCGCGCGACCUGGACUCGGGCGAGCCCGUCGGCCAGCUGCCCAGGUACGAGGAGCUGGUUGGGUUCUUUGAGGACGAGGCGCUGCGGCCGCGCGACAGGGUCACGCUGGUGCAUGGGGACUACAAGAUUGAUAAUCUGGUGUUUCACAAGACGGAGCCGAGGGUGAUUGGGAUAUUGGACUGGGAAAUGUCCACCAUCGGCCACCCCCUCUCCGAUCUGGCCAACCUCUUCCAGCCGUUCGAGACGGCCGGCCUGCCGACCGAAUCCGUCCACACGGCCCACGGCGGCUUCGUCCCCGGCGCCACCCCGGGCCUCCCGACGCGCGACGAGGCAGCCGAGCUCUACCGCGCGACCGUGCCCGCGGGCUGGUGGCGCACGGCGGCCGAGAUGGCGGCCGAGCUGCGCUGGGCCCAGGCCUUCAACAUGUUCCGCGGCGCCGCCGUCUGCCAGGGCAUCGCCGCCCGCGUCGCCGCCCGCCAGGCCAGCAGUGCGCAAGCCCGCCGCUACGCCGAGGGUAGGGGCCCGCUCGCCGAGUUCGCUUGGACCAUGGUUGAGAGGGCUAGGGAGGCGGCUGUUGGUGCGGCCAGGGCCAAGAUAUGAGGCCUGGACGCUCAAGGGAGUUAUUUGCUUAUAUCAAUCAAAUAAUUAUUUUUGAUAACCCUCUCCCGAACCUUUAUUCGUGCGCCUGUUAUUGGAUGUCUGCCGCUUACCUGGCGUUUCACCCUUCCACCAACCAAAAAUCGGUGUUUGCACCAAAGUCGGGC